AUGCUGAAACUAUCUCAUGGGUUAUCACUUUUAAAAAUUUCUACUAAUAACCAGAAUUUUAAUCGAUUGCUCGUUACAGAAGUUCGUAAAACUCCCGUGUUCCCGGCAUUUGUCAAAUUGCAUUUCACUGAUGUAAAAUCAAAAUAUCCAGAACUUAAAUCGACUGAAAUAAUGAAGAAACUUAGUGAAAUGUAUAAAGCUACACCGACAAAAGAGCUUCAGAAGCUAACUUCGAAUAUAACUCUGCCUACUCCCAAGUCAGAAAAGGAGAAAAUGGACGAUCGAAAAAAGCUAACGUUAGCUAGAAAGAAUGGAUUUCCACGACCUAUAGCAGUCACCGGUUACCAAGUUUAUAUCCACGAGCAGCUUACUGGAAAUAAAGGGAAGAAUUUGGAGGAUAUGAAAGCAAAGUUGGGCAAUGCUUCUAAAGCUUGGAAUAGCCUUGACGAACGCUCUAAAGAGCCCUAUGUCACCCAAGCGAUGGAAAAUAAAUUAGCCCAUCUACGUGAACUGCGAAGUUGGUGCCAAGAUCAUGGAAUCGCCUAUUCUGAGCGAAAAUCUGUUCUUGUUAACCGUUUUUUCGCUAAGCACGAAAAGAGUAAGGCAGCUGCUGCAAAUGCAAAGGAAAUUAUUAAAAAAUCUUCCAAGAAGUAA